AUGGCCUCCGCGUCCAGUUGCAAAAGUGUGGCCCCUUUGCGGCAAAGUGAUUUCAGUAUCGAACACAUUCUCACGCGCGCAGGUGAGCGGUACGAAAAUCGACGAAAGAUCGACCAGUGCCACGGGUGCUGCGCCGACAGCGCCGCCAGUGAUCCGGACAGCGAAGUGACUGACAGUGAAUCUAGGCUACGCGAUGACGGUAUCGAAGCUGACGAAGAGAUGGACCAAGAGAGCGACGCUGGGCUCCCACGAAAGGAACCUGCGGUAACGGAGUUUAUUCCGGCAGUGCCCGGAUGUGGUCGGGGAGUACCGUCAUUCGAUUGGCUGUACUACACCCGAUACCAUCCGCCGAAACUACCUCGCCCACAAAAAACUGGCCCAGUAAAGCGUACACCGGGACGGUUGCCGCGCGUUCCCUUCACACCCGCCCAGUUGAGUGCCCUCGAGGAGGCCUACAAAGUGUCCACGUACCUCAGCUCGGAAGAGGCCAAUCAGCUGGCGUACAGUCUCGAGCUGACGAAUACACGCGUAAAAAUUUGGUUCCAAAAUCGACGGGCCCGCGAUCGCCGGGAAAAGCGGGAAGCUUCCUUGGCCAAUGGAAACACGGUACCAGCUGGACCGAUACCGCUCUAUGGGCCGUACUCUUCCCGGAAAAUCUCCAGUGGUACCGUUAUCGUCCAACACCGAAGCCAUCCUUCGUCACCGUCCAGUGUGGAGUGUCCGAAUGAGCGGCACAGCAAAAGUCCCUCCAACGUAGAUCGUAGUUAUUCCGGCGGCCGAUAA